ACAUAUUCUGUUUGAUUAAUUUUGUAUGUUAGGAUGGUUUAGAUUAAACCCGAAGGAAGAAUGUGUUUAUUAAAGGAUGUACCUACGAAAACCAUUCUUGAUUCUACCAUGUAAUACCGUGCACGUUAUAUCAUAUUCAGCUUCAAGUUAAACUAUUUCACAGAAACUUAAAGAUCACGAGGCGAAAAAAUGUUAGCUAUGAGAAAAGCCCUUUGUAACACUAAUGGACCUCUAAAAAUAAAUAUUGAAAAAGUAAAUUUGAACAAUAAAAUGGGCCUUAAUUUAGCCUCCCGUAACAAUGUGUAGGCUAUAUGUUUUUUUUUAUCAUGUUCAGAUUUCCAUUGCGAAAUCCUAAUUUAGGAGAAAACCAUUGCGUGUGAUAGGCCUAUGUAAAAAAUUAUUAAUAUUGCAUAAGUGUGCUUCGAUUGUGGUAAUACCAAUACACCGAUAUGUCACCGGAACAAUUAGCAAACGUCUUGUAAUGUUCAUUUAUUUCCGGAGAAGUACAACAGGAACACAGUUAUAAAAUACAGGUCGCCAGAUUUCAUCAGAUAAACAAAGAUGGCAAACAUUAGCCCGAAAAAGAUGCAGUCCGAUAACUGGAAUUCUGAUCUGCUGAACUGGCUCAAUGAAUCCCUGCAAACAAGCUUCACCAAGGUGGAGGAGAUCAGUUCAGGUGCCUGUUUCUGCCAGCUGAUGGACUGGCUUUUUCCUGGUUUGUUGAACUUGAAGAAGGUCAACUUCCAAGCAAAAGAAGAAGUUGAAUUUAUUCACAACUACAACCUUUUACAAGCUAGCUUUAAGAAGAAAGGAGUUAAUAAGUCAAUUCCAGUGGAGAAUUUAGUUAAAGGAAAAUUUCAAGAUAAUUUGGCCUUUUUGAAAUGGUUCAGAAAUUUCUUUAAAGACAAUUAUUGUAGUCAGACUUACAACCCAACAGAGGCUCGUGAGGGACAAGACAUUUUGCCUGUGAAACCUGCCACGACUUCCCCUCAGAAGACAAAGCACAGUGACACUGCAGAACAGCUUGUGGCGAAAAAUAAAAAGGAGUCCGAGUUUGAUGGGGAGUUGAAGCCGCAGAAGAAACACCACACCUUCUUGCAUGUGUGGCAGGAAGAUUACCCAUGGCUUCAGCCCAGCGCUUUGGGAGAUGCGCAUGCCUACUGCCAGCUCUGCAGCCUCAACCUGAUGAUCGCCCACAGUGGCAGCGCCGACCUGAAGCGGCACCUGCAGAGCAAGAGGCAUCGUAGGAAUGCCAAGAAAGAGCCUGCAGCCUGUCUGCCUCUUGUGGGCCCGGCGGUCUCCUUCACCUGCAGUGAGCACUUGUUGAGCUUCAUUGAGAAGCACUGUGUAGGCCAGGAGACACCAGCUCUGUCUCCAUAUACAGACAAUACAAAACACAAUGUGGCCAAGUAUGUCCUGGGACAAAGGUACCCACAGGAUCUCAUGUCCAUCUGCAGUAGGAAUCCAUAUUGUGCCUACCUGUACUGUGACGUGGACCUGGAUGGUGUUGAGAUUGGCAAUAUUGUCCUUGUAGGCUAUUUUGACCCCGAAGCUGGGAGAUACUGCAUUCGACUCCUGGAUGUGAUCCAAUCUGGAAAGGACCUUGCUUCUAGCCUAGUUGACACCCUGAAGAAGUUUGAGAUCCCAGUCAGCAACCUCUCCACUUUCUACAUCACUGGUGACGCUGAGUUAGCUAAGGAAGUUGGCUUACGUCUCCAGGAGUUAAACCCCCAUACAGUGUCUUUAGGUGACAUUUACACCCUGGCUAACAGGGUCAGUGGGGUGGUUGUGGGGGAGCACUUCAGCAUGGUAUGGGAGCUCGUGGGGGACCUUCACAAUCACUACUCCUCCUGCUCCACCACCAAUGAGAAUCUCAAGGAGCUCUUUGCCAACAUAGGGUCUGUCAGUCUCACAAAUCCUGCAACCAGCUGCUGUUUACUCUUUUGUGAUAUCAUUCAAAAGAUGCUCAAUAUGUGGCCAGACCUUAUUUCCUACUUCAAAUCCCGUGACCCCAAGGACAAUCAAGUCAGGCAGAUUAGUACAUACCUUGAGAACCUCCAUCUGAGGGCAACAUUUAUGUUCCUCAGCCAUGCUCUGAAGCCACUCUGUACCUUUCAGGAACAACUGGAGAAUAGGGAUAAAGGCACUGGUGGUCGGACAACCCUGGUUCAUGUACUGCAGCAGGCCAGUGACCUACUGCCAUCAUAUGCGGCCAGCUUUCUCCACUCACAUGCUGUUGUCAAACUCCUCAAAGACCAGGACAUCAACCUGCUAAAAAGCGAGAAAUCUCACCUUCCGAAUUCAGAGCUCAAAGUGGGCUCUGCUGUGGAAAACUUCUUUGAGGAACAUAAGGCUGUCCUAACUGAGACCCAGACAGCUUUCACUGAAGCCAUCAUUUCUUUCUACACUGCAGUCACUGCAGCUGUGUUGAAGAGCCUGCCAUUGGCUGAUGAAAAGCUCAGGAACAUGUCCUUGCUGCUUAGUCCAAUAGGGAGUCUAAGCAUCCAGAAAGAGGUGGUGGUAGACCUGGCUUCAGGGCUGGGUCUUUGUGAUACUCCGAAGAAGGCUGCACAACUUGAAAUGGAGCUCCUAUACUACCAAAAUGUUGAGAGGAGGCGCAGCACUGACCUCAGUCCCCUGAUGGAGCAGCACUGGGGUGAUGUGUUGAAAACCAUGGCACAGACAUCCAUUUUCCGGAAGCUGAUGCUCACCAUGCUGGUUCUACCCUGUCCACCGCUGGAGGCGAAGGUGAUCUUCACUCAGGUAUUUAGGAACGGAGGCACCCACCUGCCUGACAAGAACAUUGUGGAGGAUGAAAAGCACAGAUCCACUCAGAUAAUGGAUCUGACUGGCGAGGAGACCCUCUUUGAAGAGAACAUGGCAUCCAUGGCUCCGGAAGACCAGGCAAAGCUUUCACCAGAUGGACUUGACCUGAAGCCAUGCGCCGUGCUGCUGGAGAAGAUUGACAAGUUGCAGUACACGGAGGAUACCAUCUACAUUAUGGAUGAUACCAUUUCAGCGCCGUAUAAUCAGAAGGGGAACCAAACAUCAACUCCUGACUGGCAUAUGUCAAGAAAGUCAAUUACAAGCCCCAGUGGAUCAAAGAAAUCUUACCCAUAUAUGGAUCGUAAAGGGUUCACUGUGGGAGACCUGGUGUGGGGCAAGGUGAAAGGCUUCUCCUGGUGGCCUGGCCUUGUGGUCGGUUGGAGGUCUAAGUCCAUUCCGAUCUCAGUUCGACGGGUGGAGUGGUUUGGGGAUGGCAUGUUUUCGGAGAUCUAUGUAGAGAAGCUCCUGCCUAUUGCGCCGUUUUCCAAGUGUUUCUGCAAGAACUCCUUUGCUAGCCUGCCUGCCUAUAAAAGUGCCAUCUACCAGGUCCUUGAGCUGGCUGCAGAGAGGAGUGGCAAGGAAUUCCCUUCAGUCAGCAUGGAUGAAGACCUGAAGGCAAUGCUAAAGUGGGCCUUCAGUGGCUUUAAGCCCUUGGGGCCGCAAGGGUUCCAGUCGCCGUCAGACUGUCAUGAUCUCCCCAUGGCCACAAAGCUUUGUGAGAACUCGUGUGUUUCAAACUGCCAGCCUCCUGCCAAGAGGAAGAACAUGCAGAAGACCCGGCUGUCCUUUGGUCAGGAUAUCAGCAGAGAGCAAAUGAUGUUUGAGGUGACAAUGAAAGGAAAAAGCAUUAAAGAUUACUGCCUGUCAUGUGGAAGCUCCAGCACUGAGAUUUUUCACCCGCUGUUUGAGGGCAGCCUCUGCCUGAAAUGCAAGGAAAACUUUUCAGAGACUCUAUAUCGCUAUGACGAUGAUGGCUACCAGUCCUACUGCACGGUGUGCUGUGCUGGCCAAGAGGUCAUCCUGUGUGGCAACCCCAACUGCUGCCGCUGCUACUGUAAGGACUGCCUGAACACGCUGGUGGGUGCAGAAACAUUUGAGCGGCUAAUGGAGGUGGAUCCCUGGAGCUGCUACAUCUGCCAACCCCCGCGGCGUCACGGCGUGCUGAGCCGCCGGCCUGACUGGAGCGUACGCGUGCAGGAGUUCUUCGCUAACAACAGCGCCAUGGAAUUCGAGCCGCACAGAGUCUACCCGUCCAUCCCCCCCAACCGGCGGCGACCCAUUAAGGUUCUCUCUGUGUUUGAUGGCAUCGCAACAGGGUACCUGGUGCUCAAGGACCUGGGCUUCAAGGUGGAGCGCUACAUCGCCUCGGAGAUCUGUGAGGACUGCAUUUCUGUGGGCAUGAUCAAGCAUGAGGGCAAGAUCGAACAUGUGAGCGAUGUGCGAACCAUCACCAGGAAGCACAUUGCCGAAUGGGGACCGUUUGAUCUCCUGAUUGGUGGGUCCCCCUGCAACGAUCUUUCCUGUGUCAACCCUGCUCGCAAGGGAUUAUAUGAGGGCACAGGGCGGCUUUUCUUUGAGUACUACCGCCUGCUGACCCUCCUGAGGCCCAGGGAGGAUGACGAUCGCCCUUUCUUCUGGCUCUUUGAGAAUGUGGUUUCCAUGGCAUCUCACGACAAAGCUGACAUCUGUCGCUUUUUGGAGUGUAACCCAGUUCUGAUCGAUGCUGUGAAGGUGAGCCCAGCCUACAGAGCUCGCUACUUCUGGGGAAACCUGCCCGGCAUGGAUCGAUCCAUUGCCUCGUCUGUAAACGACUGCCUUGAACUUCAGGACUGCCUUGAGAUCGGACGGAAAGCCAAGUACAGUAAAGUGCGUACCAUCACAACCAAGUCCAACUCCAUACGGCAGGGCAAGAUGGGGCCGCUUCCAGUGACCAUGAAUGACAAAGAAGACUACCUGUGGUGCACCGAGAUAGAGCGGAUUUUUGGCUUUCCAAAACACUACACCGACGUCAACAACAUGGGCCGAGGGCAGAGGCAGAAGGUUCUGGGUCGGUCCUGGAGCGUCCCGGUAAUCCGUCACCUCUUUGCCCCGUUAAAGGACUAUUUCGCCUGUGAAUGAAUCUGGGCAAGAAACGACACAGAAAUGCAAACUAUUUUUACCGGAUUAAUCUGUUUUAACUGAUGAACUAACAUUUUUCAUAGACGGUGACUACAAAGAAUACCUCAAUUGUGUUCAGUUUUAUUUGGUUUACAUCAUUUUAAAUGAUUGAUGUUUCCUCCAGAGUGGUAAGACUUUUCUUUAUAGUUAUUUUUAAAUCACUGAAAUCUACCUCACUGACCUAUUGUUACAGAGUCAGUGUCCGUUGAAAAGUCUUUAUCUGUUUGUGUUGGUAAAUUCAAUACUGCUCAAAUUUUAAACCUUAUAUGGUUUUUGCAUUAUAUUGUACUGUUUCUCUUACAAAGGGCUAUUAUUAUUAUUAUUAUUGUUAUUAUUGUUAUUAUUAUUAUUAUUACAAAACAAGGAAAGAACCAAACUCCAAAAUGAAAAUAAGACAAAUUGCCAUAUUUUUUAAUCGUUGUUACUUUUCAAAAAUAAUAGGAUCCACUGUGGGUAAUAAUUUAUGAUUGAUUCUAAGAAUUAAAUUGCUAUAAAUAUUCUCCUAAAACCAAAGUUAUCCUAUGAAAAAUCAGAAAUAUAGAUAAAAAGAUUUUUUUUGUUUAAAUCUGGUUACAAUUGACUAUACAAUUGAAUGUUUCUUUACUCAGUAGUUAUUUCAUUCAAUUUUAUGAUUAUUUAGACACAAGUAUUUGUGAACAAUUGUAAUCACCUUCAAAAUGUUUCUUCUUAAUUACAUUUUAGUAGAAUUUUUUAAUUAAAAUUUUUAUAUGACAUAAAUGAAGCUUUUUAUGCUGUUCAUAUUUACACUGAUCCCGUGAAAAUCGGUGUGUCGUCUUGGAGACGGGGGACAGUUAACUUUGUUUCUUUUGUUGGAAACUGACAAAAAUAUGUUAUUUCAAAUUAUGUGACACCAUUCAGGCAAUAGGUGAGCUGAGUGACAGCCGCGCCUAUGAGACAUAAGUGCCUGACAGUGGAUAAGCACAUUCCUUUGGGGCUGGCUUUGCUUUUGAUCCGGUAGUGAAUGUGGAGCUACUAGAUUUAGUUUGAUUAAGCUUAAAAUAAAUAGGAGUGCUGAACUUGCCCAUAUGACUCCACCACUGUCAUGUGUGAUGCAUGUUUUAAUAAUGCACUAAAAUGUGAAAAGUUAUUUCUUAAAAUCGAUGUAAUUCUCUUUAAGUAUGAUAUUUGGACUUUCCUUAAGUGUGUGUGUGUGUGUGUGUGUGUGUGUGUGUAGAGGGGGGGGAGCCUUAAAAUUAAUUUAAGGAGGAGUCAGUAGUGGGCAGCAACACUUGGUUAAUCUGUUACUUUUUCCUGUAGCAUUUGUGUUAAUUUCAGACUGCAUGUUUAGGACAUAACGAAAAGAAAUAUAAGCAUGAUCUCUGUAGGCGGUGUGGUGGUUCAGUGCACUGCCACCUCUAACCUCCAACAUGUUUUUUCAAAUCCCACCCAUGCUCUGUGUGUAGAGUCUGUACAUCCUACCCAUACUAUUCCUUCUCUAAAGGCAUGCAGUUACGUAAACUGUGUGUCACCCGCCUUGUGCCUCAUGCUGCCGAAGAUGUGUUUUUAGAACAAAAUGACACCUUCAGUCUUGAUGUUUAGGAUAGCAAAAGUCUAUCAUAAAAAAGUGAAAUUAUGGCCUAGAUGUGACCCAAGAUGUACUUCUUUCUCUUGUAUGGUGGUACGUGUGUUGUUACCAUUCCCUGUUCAAUCAGAAUUUGUCAAUAUGCAUAAUCUCAGGUCAUGCAAACAUUAGAACCCUAUAACAUCAACUGUUGUGCCAUGUUUUUAUUUUUUAUCAUUAUUAUUUUUUUUGCUUUAGUACUGCAAUUGUUGUAAUCAUUUUACUUCUUUUGAGUCUGUGAAACAUCAAUGGGUGCUAUGCCUUUAAUUAAAACCUAGGUGUAGAUUUACUGCAAUUGUUGUAAUCAUUUUACUUCUUUUGAGUCUGUGAAACAUCAAUGGGUGCUAUGCCUUUAAUUAAAACCUAGGUGUAGAUUUACUGCAAUUGUUGUAAUCAUUUUACUUCUUUUGAGUCUGUGAAACAUCAAUGGGUGCUAUGCCUUUAAUUAAAACCUAGGUGUAGAUUUA